UCACCAUAUUGCCAAUGUGCAAUCUGAUAAAUUUGGUAAUCUAAUUACUAUUAAAUUUAUUUAUUGAAAAUAAAGCCAUAUAACUGAAAAAGUUGAUGGAAAGUUUGCUUUGAGCUGUGUGUUGCCUACGAUAAACAUUUUACAAAUCAGUAGUGUUGCAAAGCUAUAGAAGUUUUAAAAAACAGCUGAUACUUUCGUUGGCUUUAAAAGUAAUGAAUAAGAGCAAUGAAAUUAUUGAGGCAAUGGGGGGCAAAAGAAAGGAUAUUCUAAAUGCUAUGUCAUUAGUUCACCCAGCAGUUGGAGAUCUAUUACUUAGUAAAUCUAUACAAGAUUAUAUGCUUUCAUGUAGUAAAUUGGGGCAACUUAAUAAUGAAAUUGCAACUAAACUGAAGACCUAUGAGGUGGAAAACAAUAGUUUUCAAUGGAAAUGCAAUAUAAACAAUAUUGAUCUACCUGAUAACUUGCAGGAGUUUAAUAAUGCAGAAUCACAUAAACAGAUUUUGAGUACCUUGUUCAAACAAGGAAAUAAAUCAGAUUAUCAAAAAACAUUAAAAAGGAUAAACAUUGAUUACAAACAAAGUAAAGAUCAAAUGGAAAUUGAUCAAAGUGAAGAUCAGUCCCCACAAGCUGGUAUAUCCCAAAAUAUAACAAAUCCUCUGGAUGUAUUCAAAACUGCUGGUGAUGUUCUGGACAUGGAAGAAAUGAAAAAAUUGGGCAAUAUGUACAAUGUUAUGUCAAGAAAAAAAGUUGUUGUACAGAGGCACAAAUCUAAUAAAUUUAUUCCUCCGUUACUAUCAAAUGAAAGUGAGAAUUCAACAAGAAAUCUAGAAGAACCUGAAGAUGAAAGACUGAAGAACAUUGAUCCAAAGAUAAUUGAGUUGAUUAGAUCAGAAAUUAUGGAUGCAGGAAGCACUGUGGAAUGGAAUGAUAUUGCUGGCCUUCAAUUUGCAAAAACAUCAAUUAAGGAGGCUGUGGUAUGGCCCAUGUUGAGACCCGACAUAUUCACGGGUCUCAGAAGACCACCCAAAGGAAUAUUACUCUUUGGACCCCCUGGCACUGGCAAAACCCUAAUUGGCAAAUGUGUUGCCUCACAGAGCAAAUCUACUUUUUUUAGCAUUAGUGCAUCCAGUCUUACUUCAAAAUGGGUUGGCGAGGGUGAGAAAAUGGUGCGAGCAUUAUUUACGAUUGCGCGUUGUCACCAACCCGCUGUGAUUUUCAUUGACGAGAUUGACUCGCUUCUAUCUCAGAGAAGCGAAUCAGAACACGAGUGUUCUAGGAGAAUAAAAACAGAAUUUUUGGUGCAGUUGGACGGUGCUAGAACUGAGAGUGAAGAAAGAUUGCUUAUUAUUGGUGCGACGAAUCGGCCACAGGAGUUGGACGAAGCUGCUCGGAGACGAUUUGUAAAACGAUUGUACAUUCCUCUGCCAGAAAAUGAAGGACGACUGCAACUAGUCAAGAAAUUAAUGGAGAAGGAAAAGAACUGUUUGAGUGAUGAGGAUUACAUAGAACUUGCUAAAUUGUCAGAUGGUUACUCAGGAGCUGAUAUUAAGACUUUGUGUUCAGAUGCGUGUUUAGGGCCAAUCAGAACAAUGGACUUUUCGCAAAUUGAAAAUCUUCAAUUGUCAGAGGUUCGGCCUGUUUCAAUGUUUGAUUUUACCAAUGCUCUGGCUAGGGUGCGAUCUAGUGUUUCACCGUCUGAUCUAGAACAAUAUUUGAAAUGGGAUAAAACUUAUGGUUCGGCUUCUGGUUUUUAAAUGUGUGAAUAUUUCGCGCGCAGAAUCUCGCAUUUGUCCUAACCUCUCAUGUAUACCUCACAUUUUGGGUCGCCUAUCGUUUAUCUUGUUGCUGGAUAAACAAGUUUGCUUAAUUAACACAUAAGGUCAAACUUUAUGGUUUUACUUAAUGCGAAUCAUAACUUCCGUAUUAUAUAACACUUUUAUAAGAUUAUUAUACAGCAAACUCUAAUAA